CCUCAGUUUAUUUUAAUGCAGUGUUCCCGCCUUACACAGUCUGAAAAUGUUGCGUGUCAAAAUCCUCCCACCAAGUCAGUUUGCGACUCCCCCGGAUCCCAAAAAUCAUCUCGUCAAGUCAACGGAUUCAUAAAUUGUGUGCGUCCCAGUCUGUCUUGUAAUGGUUCCUCAGAGGAUCUGGAUCCUGAAGAAGUGCUGGGAAAAAAACGCCGUGUAGAGGGCCUUUCUGCAGCACCAGCGCUCCCCGACUCCUCCUGCAUGGCUGCCAGAACACGACCCUUGCGCGGGCACAAGAAACGCCGAUUGGUCAGAUCCAGUGAGGUGUCGUCUCUCAGCAGGAAGCCACAGAAGCAGCUGUCUACGAAGUGUGGCUGUGAGCCUCCAACCACUUGCAUUCUUUGCGGAUGCAAGACUUACUUGAAGACUACACAUCCCAGCACCAUGAGCGAGCGCAUAGCACUAAUCGAUCCAUGCUACCACCCCAUCCUCUCCUUCCCCUACGAUACACCCCUUAAUUUGCACUUUGAAGCAUUGCUGAAAGAAGACAGGCAGUUCCGGGUCUCUCACAAACUCAAAGCUCUCAAGUUUUCUCAGCUGAGCAAAAAACCCUCAGAAAAGUUGCGUAGAGACUGUCAUAGCCCGACGCUGGACUUCACAGGCAGGUCUCUGUUCCGAGAGGACAAGCAGCACAGAGGAACGCUGAACUCCAGCAUACACAUAUCCAGCCCCGUGACUCCAAGACCAAGCAAUGCAGCCCAGCAGCUUUCAUCCCUCACAGAAACUCCCCCUUCAUCCAACUCAGCGGCUCUCAAGCGGAAAAGGUUUGAAAAUUCAUAUGACAUAGAUAACAUUGUCAUUCCAAUGUCUAUGGCGGCGGCAGCUCGUGUGGAGAAGAUACAGUACAAGGAGAUCCUAACCCCUAGUUGGCGAGAGUUGGACUCUUCAGAGCAAACAUCCCUGGAAGAAGAUCCACAGCUUGAGGAUCUGUCCGCAGAGGCAUAUCAGAACCGCCACAGUGCGUACGAGGAUAUGGAGCGUUCCCGCUGGGAUUCCUGGACUUCAGCUGCUUCGCAGAGGCGAGGAAGCAGAUCCUCUAACAAAUCUGAUGGUCGAUGGACGCCACAACCCUCAUCCAAUAGCCAAGGGUCGUUCCAACAGCCAGCCUCCCCGGACUUUGGUUUCCACAGCCUUAAUGAGGUCCCAUUAACCCUGUCAUCUGCUGCAACAGACAACCAGGAGCCUUACAGCACUGUCCAAUGCCUCUCUGUCUACAGCCGCACCAGGGGGCUUUCCUGGAGUGAAGACACCAGAUCUUCCACCCCUGAGGUCCCAGAUGAAGAAGAACAGAUUGUUGCACCUUGGGAACAUCGCUCAUUUCCCCUCUCAGACCGAGACCAUCGCGUUCUCCAGAGUUCGCCAGUAACUGCACCGAACAGAAACAGGAAUAAGCCUGAUGUGCUGUGUAACGCAGGGAGCAAGUCUGGCCUCCAGGCUGAGGGCAUGGACUCUGGCAUGUCAGCAGAAAACCUCGUCGCCACCUCCAAAGAUCCCCCUCUACCCAACAGCAUUUCAGUUGUUCGAUUUCGUGCCCAUAGCGGUGAGAAAAUCGCAAGCCUGGAAUAUUUUCCCACUAGGCCGGUGAACAAGAGAUGAGAGCGCCUCCUCUUUGUAAGACGUGUACGACCAGAGAAUGCAAAUCCCAUGUACUUUAUUUCAGUAUCAAGUGCUUGGCUGACUUGCCGGCCCAGGCAGAAAAGUAGGAGCCACCAGUAAUUGGUCGGGGGUCCUGGGCUCAGCAGCACACUGAAGUAAAAGGCCUAUGAUGAGGUUAUAGCAGAGAGCAAAGGCCACAGGCUGAACCUCACGCCAUUUAACGUAGGCCGUGGGAAAGUCUCCAGAUGUGGACAACGCCAAUAUCCUGCAGCUUCAUGAGGUGCAAAAGGCAGGGUAGGUACAUGGAGCAGGCUGAGGUAGGCAGAGGAGAGGGGGAGGAUUUAUAGGCAUUUCUGAAUGGGGGGCAAGAAUCAGGUCUAGACCCUUAACCGCCACAAGGAGCGCUCUUCAGCUACAGAUGCUAAGAUGCUCUUCGGGUGUCAGUUUCCGUCACUAGUUCUUAGUUUCUGUUCUUCAUCACUGUGUAACCUUACAGCAGGAGAAGCCGGUUCUCCACAUGUCUGGCGGCACAUCCACAGGACACAGCGCUGUGAGCGGCCACAACCUCGACAAGGAGAGAAAAUAAUGAAGCAGCAAAGCGACCGGACUGAGAUUCCUCUCCCUUUCCCUGGGAACAAAAUUGUGUAAUUGAUUGAAUGAGUGGGAAGAAUUGUCUCCUGUCUGAGAAUAGCCGGGUGUAUAUGGAGGUAGAUUAAAAAUAAUAAAUUCUAAAUCAUAUUGGACCAGU